GCAUUUGAAGCGCAGUGCUUUUUGGGAUGAGAACCACGCUGCUUCACAGAUUUAGGCAGCGGAAUUAGGCGCGGACCUGUUAACAGGUUUAUUAGUUCUUACGCUAGGAUCUUGGAAGGUGAUGGAGAUGGCAGCUAAUUGCUCUCUGCGGGUGAAGAGACCUCUGUUGGACCCCCGCUUCGAGGGUUACAAGCUGUCUCUCGAGCCGCUGCCCUGUUACCAGCUGGAGCUUGAUGCAGCUGUGGCAGAAGUAAAACUUCGAGACGACCAAUAUACACUGGAACACAUGCAUGCUUUUGGGAUGUAUAAUUACCUGCACUGUGAUUCAUGGUAUCAAGACAGUGUAUACUACAUUGAUAACCUUGGGAGAAUUAUGAAUUUAGCAGUGAUGCUGGACACUGCAUUAGGAAAACCACGAGAGGUAUUUCGACUUCCUACAGACCUGACAGCAUAUGACAAUCGCCUUUGUGCAUCUAUGCAUUUCACAGCGUCUACCUGGGUCACCUUGUCAGAUGGAACCGGAAGAUUGUAUGUCAUUGGAACAGGUGAACGUGGAAAUAGUGCUUCUGAAAAAUGGGAAAUUGUGUUCAAUGAAGAGCUUGGGAAUCCUUUCAUUAUAAUUCACAGUAUCUCUUUGCUAAAAGCUGAAGAACAUUCAGUAGUUACCCUACUUCUUCGAGUCGAGAAAGAGGACUUGGAUAUGAAAGGAAGUGGCUUCUAUGUUUCUCUGGAAUGGGUCACUAUCAGUAAGAAAAAUAAAGAUAAUGUAAAAUAUGAAAUUACUAAACGUGAUAUUCUUCAUGGAAAGUCAGUACCGCAUUAUGCUGCUAUUGAGCCCAGUGGGAAAGGUCUAAUGAUUAUUUCCUACAAGUCCUUCAAAUUUGUUCAUAUUACUCAAGAGUCUGAGGAAAAUAUGGAUGAAGACAUGCCAGAGAAAAAUAAAGUGGAACCUUUGUAUUACUGGCAACAGACUGAAGAUGAUUUGACAGUGACAAUACGGCUUGCAGAAGAUAUUACCAAGGAGGAUAUUCAAGUAGAGUUUUUACCUGAUCACAUCAACAUUGUGCUGAAGAAUCUCCAGGUUUUGGGAGGGAAGCUGUAUUCAUCUAUUGAUCAUGAAAGCAGUACAUGGAUAAUUAAAGAAAAUAAUAGCCUGGAGAUUUCUUUGAUUAAGAAGAAUGAAGGGCUGCCAUGGCCAGAGGUAGUAGUCAAUGAUAAACAAGGGGAACUAAUAAGAGACCCAGCCCAGUGUGCUGCAAUCGCUGAAAGUUUGAUGCAUUUGACCUCUGAAGAACUGAAUCCAAAUCCAGAUAAAGAAAAGCCUCCUUGUAAUGCUCAAGAGUUAGAAGAAUGUGAUAUUUUCUUUGAAGAGAGCUCCAGUUUAUGCAGAUUUGAUGGCAGUACGUUAAAAACUACACAUGUGGUGAAUCUUGGAGGCAACCAGUACCUUUUCUCUGUCACAGUGGAUCCGAAGGAAAUGCCCUGCUUCUGUUUGCGCCACGAUGUUGAUGCCCUGCUGUGGCAGCCACACUGGCACGGACACGAUGACAUGUGGGAGCACGUUGCCACGUUCAAUGCGCUAGGUUAUGUCCAAGCAUCAAAGAGAGACAAAAAAUUUUUCACCUGUGCUCCGAAUUACUCCUACGCGGCGCUUUGCGAGUGCGUCCGCCACGUGUUCAUCUACCGGCAGCCCGCCCCCAUGUCCACGGUGCUGUACAACAGGAAGGAGGGCAGGCACGUGGGCCAGGUGGCCAAGCAGCAAGUGGCCAGCUUGGAAACCAACGACCCUAUUUUAGGCUUUCAGGCAACGAACGAGAGAUUAUUUGUUCUAACUACCAAAAACCUCUUUUUAAUAAAAGUAAAUACGGAGAAUUGAUUUCUCUAAUAUAUUGGCUUCUCUGUACUGGAAAAGUAUUCAGUGGUAGCUAGACUGUAACCUCUUAAAUUUGAAUGUGUUAAAUAAAAAUGUCUUAUGAAUUUUUUAAUUUUUAAAGACUAUUAAAAUGUAUUAAGAGAUUAUGAUGCUCUAAAACAUAGGAAAUGAAGCUUCAGACUUAGGGAACACUGGCUUCUAUAAAAAAUACAAAAUGUGGCAAGUAUGCUUAUUUUUUAAAAAUAAAAGACUCAUCUUUUUUAUGAAACAUGUACAGUUUUAAGUGUUUAAAAAUAAAAAUGUUUGGUAUACUUUGUUUGUUAGGUUGGCAUAGAAUGUACUAAGGUAACAGUGAAACGUGUUGAAUAUUACAGGUACUUAUUUAUUUAAAUGAACUGAAUAAUGGAAUCUACAUAAAAAGUAUAGCAGGUCUGAUUGUAAUGUCUGCUGAGAGCCCUUAAUUUUUUAAAUGAAGAAAACUUUAAUUUUUGUUUGCUCUGCCACACAGAUUAGGCUCUACGUUAUCAUCCAUUCUUUCAUAACAAACUGCCCCAAAGCACUGGUUUAAAAACAAGAUUUUGAUUUUUUGAUGGUUCGGUGAGUUGAACAUCUUUGCUCUGCAGAGCCUGGUAACCUCCAGGAGGCUACACGGGGCUUCCCCCCCUGCUGGUGGAAACAUUCCAGGAGGGCGAGCUCCCCGCGCAGCGCUUAGCGCCUGCUCUCCUGUCAGCAUCGUGUUUGCUGGUGAUCCACCCGAGUCAGUCACACGCCAGCCAGCCUGAGGGACCGCACUGGGGUACAGAUGGCAGGAGGUGUGAUUCACGGGGGGCCGCUGACCCAGCAGUCUGCCACAGGAGGGAACACUGUAAUAAAUUCUCUUUAUUAAGUAAGUACUGUUUUUUUCUGACAGUUUAAAGAAAUGAUUCUGUUUAUACAUUAAACUUUUUCACCGCAAAUUUUAGUUGUUUGUAUGUAUACUGUUUUCCCAGGGUUUUAUUUUUGGUUUGGGGGGACAUUUUUGGCUUUUAUUUUUGCAGUCCUGAGGAUUGAACCCAGGGAGUGCUGAGCUACAUCCCCAGCACCUUUUUUUGUGUUUUAUUUUGAGACAGAGUCUUGCUAAGUUGCUCAAUUGGUCUCAGACGUCAUCCCCUGUGCCUCACUCUCCUGAGUAGAUGGGAUUACAGGUAUGUGCCACUGCCCCCAGCUUUCCAGGUAUGUUCUAGUUUUUAAAAUAUUUUUUAUAGCUGUUUGAGGUUUGUGUCUUAUAUAAACCUCAAUAUGGUUUCCAUAUUUUAAUAAGGCAGUAAAGACCGUAAUUAAAGAGAAAUUAGAAAAUCCUUGUUCUUAACUGGUCUUUUAUCUGUUAUCUACCUGGGCAAAUAUUUCGCUGAAUUUUAAUGAAGGAAGGAAGAACAGGCUUGAGAGACAGAAAAAGAGAAAAAAGAUGGAUACAUGUUACAUGCAUUUAGUGAUGCCAAAUCUUUGGGAGCUGUCAGGGGUGAUUCAAAACAAAACAAAAACCUAGCCCAAUGUGUGCCUCAAGUUAACCCCCACUGUUUCCUGUGAGAAAGUCAAAUGGCUUAAAUAUGUAUUACAGAUCCCCACCAAUUUGACAAAGUUGAUUUUUUUUUAAAAGUAUUAUUAUUGAUGAAUUGACAAAGUAAAUAGAGUUAAAAGGAGUGGAACAUUGAAAGAGCUUUUUAAAAUGGAGGUCAGAGGCCACUGAGAAUCAGGAUUUAGGCACAGUCCAGAUGCUGCCUGGAAUGUGAACUUUGCUAUAUCCACCAUUUAACCACACACAUCAUGGAGCCAAGAACAAUUUACAUUGUGCCGGGGGUGAGGGCUCAAGAAGCUUAUGAAAAAGUCAUCAGACAAUUGUUUCAUAAAAAUUUCCAUUCUGGUGAUACAUUGUUACCUAUUUUCUAUCAGUGUUGGCCCCAAAUAAAGUCCUUUCACUUUU